AUGCAUUCCGUACUUCCAGGGCUGUACAAAUACACCUUGGAACAACUCUUCUUCAUCUCCUACGGCCAUCUGUGGUGCACCAAGAUGACACCAGAGUCACUUGUAGACCUCGUCAACCACAACAACCGUUCGCCUCCCCAAUGGCGAAUCAACGGCGCCGCCCAGAACUCCCCCGAUUUCGCAAAGGCAUUCCAGUACAAGGCGGGUACGCCUAUGAACCCUAACAAGAAGUAUGAGGUGUGGUAG